AUGAGUUUCUUGAAGACCUUUCGGGCCAUUCUAGGUCUCUCCAUCACGGAGGACCAACUCACCGUCCGUCACCGGAAUACUCCUAUUCCCGGGGGAUUAACCUUGAUAUCCGCCGCCACCGGCAUUGAAUCACCGUCCAUGAUCCUCCAAUCCGUCGCCGUUAAACCUACCGCCUCCGUAUCCGACGGCGAAAUGCCCACCGCCGGUGAUAUUACACCGAUCGGCACAGAAGUAGACUCGAGAAGCAGUGUGGAACGGUUCGCGACGAUGACGGAGAGCAUAGGAUUUGAAAGCUUGAACGAGAGGGCCAAAUGCGGCGAACUCAAGGAGGAGUCGUCACCGACGACGACGACGGAGUUAAUGGCGAGAGCGAGAUCAAGAGAGACAAUGCGGAGAGUGAGGUUAAGGAAUUUCCCGCCAUUUCUUUCUAUUUUGAACAGGAAUGGACGGCUGAGAUUUAAUCUGAGUAAGGUGAGGGAGGAUGGACGGUUACAGAUUAUACAGGUCCGAAACGAUUGGCCUGAGUUUGUACGGAGUUCUCCGAGAGCCGGUCAGUUACUGAUCAUCGAUGCUCAUCAUCAAGAAGAAGAUGAAGAAGAUGAAGCGUAUUCGAAUGAAGAGGAAGAGAGUGAAGAUGGAAGAGGUGGUGGUGUUUCGGCGGCGUACGGAGGCGGUUUGCGGUGGUGCGAAGGGAGGAGGCGCUAG